AUGGUCUCUCAAAAACAAGACCCCCACCAAGGCGGCACCCUCUCCGAAAUGGCCGCAACAGGCACAAGCAUCCCCAACGACGCCGGCCUCCAACGCACUAUCCCGUCGGUGCCACGCCCCGACCAGUGCGCCGAGCACUUCCACUUCGACAACGAGGGCCUGGCACAGCCGUCCGCGGCAACCGCCGUCGACAACGCCACGGACAUGCCGCGGUCGACGCGCGAUGUCGGCGUUACGGGCGAGGUGGUGACGGGGACGGGUGACACGCUGCCUGUGGGCGCGGAGGCGAAGCGUGCGUUUAUGGGCACGAAUAUCCCCGCCACCAAGGGGGAUGCACGCGAUGUGAAGCAUGCUGGGUUGACUUCGUCGGCUUUUGAUCGGUUUGUUAAGGAGGAUGGGGAUUCCGGGGAGAAGGUUCGGGAGCAUACGCUGCGGAAUGGGUGA